CAGGGCACAUGGCAGUGUGUCACAGGGCCCUUUGUGACAUGUGAUGACUUAGUAGUGGUGGUGAGGUGGCCACGCCUCAGUGCUCCUCGGAGUGUCCAACAGGACAGACAGGACAGAGUGGUGCUGUGCGGAGCCCCCGUGCAGCGAACUCCUUCCCUGCUGAUCUGGAGCGUUUUGGAAGUGUUACUCUUGCAGGUGCCCUCGAGGCAAGACUGCGGGACUUGGUGACCCGUAGCCUUCCGAGGUUUCCCCCACCCUUUCAGCAGGUGCCUUUGAGGCUCAACCACAGGACUUGCUGACCUGGAGCCUUUAUAAGAACUCUUCCAUCCUUGUGGCAAGAGCCCUUGAGACCAGACUGUAGCUCUUCCAUGGCUCCUCUCCUGCUGGUGCCCUCAAGGCCCCACUGUGGGACUUGGUGAUCAGUAGCUUUUCUCAGGUUUUUCUGUUGCAGUUGCCCUUGACGCCAGACUGUGGAGUGGUGUGGAGACACCUUAGCCUGUUUGGGAUGAAGAAGGUGAAGGAAGGUGCUGGGGCUGCCCCAGCUCGGCAGCCUGAAAGAGUGGAGUGGUUCCAGCCCCUGCAGGAGGAUCCAGGCCAGGACCGGACACAAGAACAGGACCGCGCCCGUGGCCACUUCCGCAGGGCAGCACAGACAUUUAGCAACCUGAUAGGACCUCCGUGCAGAGAAAUGAUCACCAUGCUGACUAAAGGCACGGCAAAGCCUGACACCAUGCUAACUCAGAGUCUGGCUUCUGCUCCCAGUAUGGAUUUCUUUGGGGAGAGAGUUGUGUCCCGUCGAGAUGAAGUGCCGGCCCUUGUGAGGAAAAUGCACCAGAAUCUCUCCUCCAACACACCUCCAGAUGACAGGCUGUUUAUUAACAUUCUGAGGCUGACUGAUAUACACCCUGCUGAUGUUGUAUUCACCCUCCUGCGCUGUGCCCCAUCGUGUGACAGAGCUGCUGCAACUAUGUGGAAGACCAUCGCCUCAUCAGGAAUGACAGUGGAGAAGGUGUUGCCAAAGCUGCUCUGCGUGAUGGAGGACUGGCCACUGCACAGCACGUCCACCUCCGACGGGGACAAAACAGAUGUCUUUGCCCUGGCUGCAACCAGGGUGAUUUGGGAGAUCCUCCGCCUGCCCUGGUGCCCAGAGCCACUGGUGAAAUAUUCCCCCCCCCUCCUUGUGCAUCUGCUCUUCCAAGUCUUCAUCAGUACAAAGCAGAUGUCGGAGGAGGUCAACGCCUUCUGGAGGGGAUGCCGGGAGAAACGCGGCCUUCCUGCCAACCCCAACAGGUUUGCAGGGCAGACAGUGAAGGCACUGCUUCGCCGUCUGCGGUGUCUACAUUUGGUGAUGGCAAUGGAACGGAAGCAUGGCUGGGACACGCUCCUCAAUGCUGACACUCACCACUACGCAGUGGGUCUGCUGGCCAGGGAGAUGCGUCGUGCCUCGAGCCCCUUGUGUUCCCCAGUUGCCCUCUGCCUGCUGGGGCUGCUCAUCAGGGAGAAGCCACGCUGGGAGCUUCCCGCCAUGGCAUUCUUUGUGGAGGUCCUGGACUGCCUGGACAUGACUGACUGUGGUGAAAACAUCCUAGAGAUCCUUUCAAGGCACCUACAGAGUGAAUGCAAAGAGAGACGUCGCCUGGCAAUCAGAGGCCUCGUGGUGCUGAGCAAGGAUUCCAUGAUGGCCAAAAGAAUGUGCAGCCUCUCCGAAAGCCUUGUGGAGCUACUGCAGGAUGUGGAUGUAGAGGUGGUCGGGAUGGCCUUGCCGAUGUUCAUGAAUAUGCUGCAGAACAAAGACAUCCUAAUCUCCAGGCCCACUGCCCCGAAGCUGGCUGAGGCGCUCCAGCCACUCUUUGACAGCGACAACAGCCAUGUGCAGGUCCUCUCCAUUCGCCUCUUCCGAAAGGUGAUGGAGUUGGUAGUGGCUGAGGGAAAGAAGCCCCUGGAGAGAUAUGUGAGCCAGAGCCUGUUCCCACUCUUUUUGCACUGGCAUGAGGAGAAACAG